CCCCGUGCGUGCGAGUAAACCAUACGAGCACAUCCCUCCCUCCCGUCCCGUCGCGUCACAGGCGAGGCGACGGCGGCGGAUUCCCGGCAGCGUCAACGGCCAGUGGAGGUGCGCCGCCGCGGCUCAAGCAGGUCCUAGAUAGGCCCUACUUUCCUCCGGACGAAUCCAAGCUGUGCGAACGCCGACGCCGAUGAAGUCGGUGCUCCCCGUGGUGCUCCUCGGUUGCGGCGGCGUCGGCCGCUACCUCCUCCGCCACAUCGUUUCCUGCCGACCGCUCCACGCCAACAAGGGCGUGGCCAUCCGGGUUGUGGGCGUCGCCGACAGCUCUUCCUUGCUCGUCGCAGACGACAUCCACUCCAGCGGCCUCGAUGACGCGCUCCUCUCCCACCUCUGCACCGCCAAGUCCGCCGGCUCGCCCCUGUCCUCCCUGCUAGGCCAAGGGCAUUGUCAGUUGUUCAAGAACCCUGAGGCUAGGGGAAAAGUCAUAGACACUGCUACCAUGCUUGGAAGAUCAACUGGUCUGGUACUAGUUGACUGUUCUGCAACUUAUGACACUGUUGGUCUGCUGAAGGAUGCCGUGGAUCAUGGAUGCUGCAUUGUACUGGCAAACAAGAAACCUCUUACCGGUGCAUAUGAGGAUUUUGAAAAAUUGGUGUCCAACUUCCGGCGGAUAAGAUUUGAAUCCACUGUUGGAGCAGGUUUGCCUGUAAUAGCUUCUGUAACCCGUAUUAUUGCAUCUGGAGAUCCAGUUUCACGUAUAGUUGGCAGUCUGAGUGGUACACUUGGAUAUGUGAUGAGUGAGCUGGAGGAUGGAAAGAGAUUUAGUGAAGUUGUAAAAACAGCCAAGUCUCUUGGCUAUACAGAACCAGAUCCACGUGAUGAUCUCGGUGGGAUGGAUGUGGCUAGAAAGGCAUUGAUCCUGGCUAGGCUUCUGGGGCAACGGAUCAGCAUGGAGAAUAUCAAUGUGGAGAGUUUAUAUCCUAAUGAAUUAGGACCUGAUGCAAUGUCCACAAAGGACUUCCUUGAAAGUGGUUUAGUACAACUUGACAAGAGCAUGGAAGAAAGAAUCAAGGCAGCAUCUUUGAAAGGAAAUGUUCUUCGCUAUGUCUGUGAGAUUGAAAGCACAGGGUGCCAAGUAGGCCUUCGAGAGCUCCCAAAAGAUUCUCCACUGGGUAGAUUGAGGGGAAGUGACAAUGUGGUGGAGGUAUACAGCCGAUGCUACGAGAGCUCUCCUCUGGUGAUUCAGGGUGCAGGAGCUGGCAACGACACCACUGCCGCAGGUGUUCUUGCUGAUAUAAUUGACCUCCAAGAUCUGUUCCCGAACACGGCAUGAUUGGCAUCCUCGACACCCAGUUAGCACCAGGGUCUCCAAGGCUUUUGAUUCUUGCACCAUGUGUGAGUGCUGGUGUACGCAUAUGGUUGGUCCAAGAUUUGAGGCCGUAUGAACAUUUUUGUUCGUUCCCCUGCUGUACUAUAUAUUAGCAGGCAUGGUGAUGCUUAUAUGGUAUCAGAUGGACACCUGUUUUGAGCAAAUUUUCGAUUAGCCUUCAGUGCUUUUGCUAUAUUGCUAAAUAAAUCCUGCGCUUUGACAUGCUCAAUGGCACAAUUUAAGCCUGUAAUCAUAAUCAUUUUUAUUCA